GCUGAAUCAAAACGAGUCCAUAAUGACAGGUCUCUCCUCACGGGGACACGGGAACGCGACUCAACUCUAUGCAAAACCCAAGAAAAUCGGCGGAGGCGGGAAAAUUUAUUAGACAUAAAGAAAACAAAGGCAAAAAGAAAAACAAAGAGAGGGAGGAGAGAGAAACUAGAAGAAGGGAAAGGGUAGGGAAAAAAAUGGAGGCUGAGAAAGGGAGAUCAGUGGAGGAGAGAUACACUCAAUGGAAGUCUCUGGUGCCUGUCCUCUACGAUUGGCUCGCUAAUCACAACCUCGUUUGGCCUUCUCUCUCUUGCCGGUGGGGCCCGCAACUAGAGCAAGCUACUUACAAGAAUCGCCAGCGUCUUUACCUUUCAGAACAGACUGAUGGAAGUGUUCCAAACACACUUGUAAUAGCGAACUGUGAGGUUGUUAAACCUAGGGUUGCAGCUGCAGAGCACAUUUCUCAGUUCAAUGAAGAAGCACGCUCUCCCUUUGUGAAGAAAUAUAAAACUAUUAUACACCCUGGCGAGGUGAAUAGAAUCAGAGAACUUCCACAGAACAGCAAGAUAGUGGCAACACACACUGAUAGUCCUGAUGUCCUCAUUUGGGAUUUAGAGGCCCAACCAAAUCGUCAUGCUGUGCUGGGAGCUACAGAUUCUCGCCCAGAUCUGAUAUUGACUGGACAUCAGGAUGAUGCUGAAUUUGCUCUUGCUAUGUGCCCAACUGAACCCUUUGUGCUAUCUGGAGGCAAGGACAAGUCAGUGGUUUUGUGGAGCAUUCAUGAUCAGAUCUCUACUCUUGCCAUGGAGCCAGGGCCCACAAAGUCUCCAGGAUCUACUGGCACAAGUACAAAACAUGCCUCUAAGGGUGGUGGGAAUAAUGAUAAACCUGUGGAUGGCCCUGUCAUUGGGCCACGAGGUAUCUACCAGGGCCAUGAGGAUACUGUUGAAGAUGUACAAUUCUGCCCGUCGAGCACUCAGGAAUUCUGCAGUGUAGGUGAUGAUUCUUGUCUUAUAUUAUGGGAUGCAAGAGCCGGCGUCACUCCAGCUGUCAAGGUUGAGAAAGCUCAUAAUGCUGAUCUUCAUUGUGUUGAUUGGAAUCCUCAUGAUGUAAAUCUCAUUUUGACAGGGUCUGCUGAUAAUACUGUUCACAUGUUUGACCGUCGAAACCUCACUUCGGGUGGAAUUGGAUCACCUGUUCAUAAAUUUGAGGGUCACAGUGCUGCUGUCCUUUGUGUACAGUGGUCCCCAGACAAGUCAUCAGUCUUUGGAAGUUCUGCUGAGGAUGGGAUAUUAAAUAUCUGGGAUCAUGAGAAGAUUGGGAAAAAGCAAGAUACUGCUGGAUCCAGGGCAGCAAAUGCUCCUCCUGGCUUAUUCUUUCAGCAUGCUGGGCAUAGAGACAAGGUUGUUGACUUUCACUGGAAUGCAUCUGAUCCAUGGACAAUUGUCAGUGUGUCGGAUGAUUGUGAAAGCACUAAUGGUGGUGGUACUCUACAGAUGUGGCGGAUGAUUGAUUUGAUUUAUCGUCCUGCGGAGGAGGUCCUAGCUGAGCUGGACAAGUUUAAAUCUCACAUCCUGGCAUGUGAAAAAAAUUAGUGAAGCUCGAUGUUCUUUAGUCCUAAGUUUCUGAAACUAGAUCUGUUGCUUGAGAACCAUCCUUUCUUGUGUAGGGAAAACAAAUUUGAGGUACGAAUGGUAAUGGAUAAUACUUGGUUGGUUGGUAGGCCCUCUUAAACCUUGCUUGUCACCUACUUUUUCUCUUCGUUUUUCAAUGUUAAUGAUUGUUCUAAUGACACGUGUUAACAUCUUUCUGUGAUCAACACCAUACUCAAUUUACAAGUUUGAAUAGUAUGAAUUUUAACUA